GAGUGGAGGAAGGGCUGUUUGAUAGCGCGUGCUGGCGCUAUGGCAGCGUUGAGCAGCGCGUGAGGAACAGAGGACGCCGAGAGAGAAAGAGAGAGCGAGAAAAAUAUCCAUGGCCGGCAUGGAAACACCCAGCCUCCCGCGCGACGUGAAGGUGAAACUGGCCGAGCUCGAACUUGAGCUCUCCGAGGGUGAUAUCACUCAGAAGGGCUAUGAAAAGAAGAAGGCCAAACUGCUGGCGCCAUACAUACCACAGACUGUAGGUGUAGAUCCUUUUCAGCUUGAGCCCAGACUUCCUGGUCCUCUCCAAUCUUCACCUUUUUCCUCUAAUGUCCCUUUUGUGGCUGCAUCCAGACAGCCCAAAUCCAGAGCCUCCAAUUCCAGAGAUGAACGCUAUCGAUCUGACUUGCACACAGAAGCAGUCCAAGCUGCACUCGCCAAAUACAAAGAGAGAAAAAUGCCGAUGCCUUCCAAGAGGCGCUCUGUGCUUGUUCAUUCAUCAUUAGAUGCAUACACUCCUCCAGACACAUCCUCAGCAUCAGAAGAUGAGGGCUCACUCCGUCGUCAGGGCCGGAUCACGUCCACUCCAAAGCAGGGCCAUUUGAACGUUGAGCACUGGCUUAACAAGGUUAUCCAGAGCUCCUCCACCUCAUCCUCUGCAUCGUCCACCUCAUCACAUGUAGGAGGGAAACCUACUGCUUCACUAGCUGACCUCAUGGCGCAUUCCCAUUUAGACAACCACUCAGCACCGCCAGAUGUGACCACAGGUGCAUCAGAGCGUGUUACCCACUUUGAGAGACCACAAGUGUCUUCAGUUCGUGGUGUACCUCGAGUUUUCAACAGUGGCUCAAUGGAGACUGCUGAUGGAGUACCUGUGAAUAGUAGAGUUUCAUCAAAAAUUCAGCAGCUUCUGAACACACUCAAGAGACCCAAGCGACCACCUUUGAAGGAGUUCUUUGUGGACGACUUUGAAGAACAGCUAGAAGCCCCUCAAGCUGACCCAAAUCAGCCAAAACCAGAAGGUUUGCAGACGACGCCUUUACAAGGAGAACCAUUAGGAGUAGUGACAAAUUGGCCUCCAUCGCUGCUGGCAGCUCUACAAAGAUGGGGCACCACUCAACCCAAAGCAUCUUGUCUGACCUCACUGGAUACAACAGGGAAGCCAGUUUAUACACUCACUUAUGGGAAGCUUUGGACUCGGAGCCUCAAACUGGCCUACACACUUCUCAACAAACUGAGCAGCAAGAAUGAUCCGCAGCUGAGACCUGGUGAUAGAGUUGCUUUGGUGUAUCCAAACAAUGAUCCUGUGGCGUUUAUUGUGGCAUUUUACAGUUGCCUUUUAGCAGAAUUGGUUCCUGUGCCCAUUGAAGUACCACUAACAAGAAAGGAUGCUGGCAGUCAACAAAUUGGCUUUCUGCUUGGUAGCUGCGGUGUAUCAGUAGCACUAACAUGUGAUGCCUGCCAUAAAGGAUUACCAAAGUCCCAAGCUGGGGAUAUUGUGCAAUUUAAAGGUUGGCCUCGACUGGGUUGGUUUGUCACAGAUGUUAAAAACUUAUCUAAACCUCCUAAGGACUGGCACCCAGUGAUCAGAGAUGCCAGUAAUAAUAUUGCUUAUAUUGAGUACAAGACAAGUAAAGAAGGAAGUUCAAUGGGCAUCACAGUAUCUCAGACAGCAAUGUUAGCACAUUGCCAUGUCCUUAGUCAAAGCUGUAGGUACAGUGAAGGGGAGACAUUAACAAAUGUUUUGGAUUUUAAAAGGGAUGCUGGUCUGUGGCAUGGCAUUUUAACUAGUGUCAUGAACAGAAUGCAUGUCAUCAACAUUCCCUAUGCUCUGAUGAAAGUAAAUCCUCUUUCUUGGAUACAGAAGGUCUGUGCCUACAAAGCUCACGUUGCUGUGGUGAAGUCUCGGGACAUGCAUUGGGCUCUCUUAGCUCAGCGAGAUCAGAGGGAUGUAAGCCUCAGCUCACUGCGAAUGUUGAUUGUAGCAGAUGGUGCAAACCCAUGGUCAAUAUCAUCUUGUGAUGCAUUUAUGAAUGUAUUUCAGUCACGUGGCUUACGACCUGAGGUGAUCUGUCCAUGUGCUAGCUCGUCAGAAGCUCUGACAGUGGCUAUUCGCAGACCUGGUGACUUAGGAGGACCUUUAUCAGGGAAGAUGGUGCUAUCUAUGAAUGGCUUGAGUUACGGUGUAAUACGUAUGGACACAGAAGAAAAGCUCUCUGUUCUGACCGUCCAAGAUGUGGGUGCUGUUAUGCCUGGAGCAUUGGUGUGCAUUGUAAAGUUUGAAGGCACCCCAUAUCUAUGCAAAACGGAUGAAAUUGGUGAGAUCUGUGUGAGCUCGCGUGCUUCAGGGACAUCAUACUAUGGACUUCCUGGAAUGACAAAGACUGUUUUUGAGGCUGUGCCAGUGAAUGCUGGAGGAGUUCCUGUCAGUGAGCACGUCUUCACAAGAACUAACUUACUGGGCUUUCUAGGAUCAGGAAACCAAGUAUUUGUGGUAGGGAAGAUGGAUGGCCUGAUGUUGGUCAGUGGACGGAGGCACAAUGCAGACGAUGUUGUUGCAACAGCUUUAGCCGUGGAGCCCAUGAAGUUUGUUUACAGAGGGAGGAUCGCAGUAUUUUCGGUGAAUGUACUCCAUGAUGAACGCAUUGUAUUGGUGGCAGAGCAAAGACCAGAUGCUUCAGAGGAGGACAGUUUUCAGUGGAUGAGUAGAGUCUUGCAAGCUAUCGACAGUAUCCAUCAGGUAGGAGUUUACUGCCUGGCCCUGGUACCUGCUAAUACACUUCCCAAAACUCCUUUAGGAGGGAUCCACCUGUCUGAAACCAAACAGCGUUUUCUGGAAGGGUUGUUGCACCCAUGCAAUGUGUUAAUGUGUCCCCACACCUGUGUCACCAACCUUCCUAAGCCUCGGCAAAAGCAGCCAGAAGUGGGUCCUGCUUCCAUGAUAGUUGGUAACCUUGUGGCAGGAAAGCGAAUGGCACAGGCCUCGGGCAGGGAUGUCACACAGUUUGAAGACAAUGAUCAGGCUCGGAAGUUUUUGUUUUUGGCAGAUGUAUUGCAUUGGCGUGCUCAGACCACUCCAGACCAUCCUCUUUUCCUCCUCCUGAAUGCCAAGGGCACUGUAGUGAAUACAGCUACGUGUAUACAACUGCACAAGAGAGCUGAGAGAGUUGCUGCAGCCUUGCUGGAAAAGGGGCGUCUCAAUACUGGGGACCAUGUGGCAUUGGUUUAUCCACCAGGUAUCGACCUUAUAAUAACUUUCUACGGGUGUCUGUAUGCAGGAUGUGUACCUGUUGCUGUGCGACCACCUCAUCCUCAGAACCUCGCCACAACUUUGCCAACUGUCAAGAUGAUUGUUGAGGUAAGCAAAUCUGUGUGCAUACUCACAACACAAGCUAUAUUAAAACUGUUUCGUUCAAAAGAGGCAGCUUCAGCAGUGGAUGUCAAGACCUGGCCAACGGUUAUAGAUACUGAUGACCUACCAAGAAAGAAGCCCCCCCAGAUAUAUAAAGCCCCAACACCUGAAAUGUUGGCAUAUCUGGACUUCAGUGUAUCUACUACUGGAAUCCUGGCAGGAGUGAAGAUGUCUCAUGAAGCAACUAGUGCUAUGUGUCGCUCCAUUAAGUUGCAAUGUGAGCUCUACCCUUCCCGACAGAUUGCAGUUUGCCUUGAUCCCUACUGCGGUCUUGGUUUUGCACUUUGGUGCCUCUGUAGUGUGUAUUCAGGUCAUCAGUCCAUCCUUGUUCCUCCACUUGAAUUGGAGAGCAACGUCUCUCUGUGGCUCUCUGCAGUUAGUCAGUACAAAGUGCGCGUGACUUUCUGUUCCUACUCUGUAAUGGAGAUGUGCACUAAAGGACUUGGUGCACAAACAGAUGCACUCAAGGCAAAAGGUGUAAAUUUGUCCUGUGUUCGAACAUGCAUGGUGGUUGCAGAGGAGCGACCACGUAUAGCGCUUACACAGUCCUUCUCCAAGUUAUUUAAGGACCUUGGACUAUCUCUGAGAGCUGUCAGUACAACCUUUGGCUGCAGGGUCAAUGUGGCCAUCUGCUUACAGGGAACAUCUGGACCUGAUCCAACUACAGUCUUUGUGGAUAUGAGAGCCCUCCGUCAUGACAGGGUGCGUUUGGUAGAGAGAGGCUCCCCACAUAGUCUUCCAUUAAUGGAAUCAGGAAAGAUUCUCCCUGGAGUAAAGGUUAUCAUAACUAACCCAGAGACAAAAGGCCCGCUGGGAGAUUCACACCUUGGAGAGAUCUGGGUGAGCAGUCCACAUAAUGCCACUGGGUACUACACGGUUUACGGUGAAGAGUCCUUGCACGCUGACCACUUCAACGCCAAACUCAGUUUUGGAGAUACACAGACUUUGUGGGCACGGACUGGAUAUCUUGGAUUUCUUCGUAGGACUGAACUGACUGACGCAACUGGAGAACGUCAUGACGCCCUGUAUGUGGUGGGAUCCUUGGAUGAGACUCUGGAGCUGAGAGGAAUGCGUUAUCAUCCAAUUGAUAUUGAGACCUCAGUGCUCAGAACACACAAGAGCAUUGCUGAAUGUGCUGUCUUUACGUGGACCAACCUGCUUGUUGUUGUGGUUGAAUUGGAUGGUUCUGAGCAGGAAGCACUGGACCUGGUUGCCUUGGUUACCAAUGUUGUUUUAGAAGAACAUUACCUGAUUGUAGGAGUGGUGGUUGUGGUGGACCCUGGGGUGAUUCCCAUCAACUCACGUGGUGAGAAGCAGAGGAUGCACCUUCGGGAUGGUUUCCUAGCUGAUCAGCUUGAUCCCAUUUAUGUGGCCUAUAACAUGUGAGCGCAGUGCUCUGACUGCCUAUUGCUACUGCUGCCUCAGUGACAGUAUUUGCCGGUGCCAUGAAUGUCCACGUCGAUCUUGUAUGCUGCACUAAGAAUGAGAACGAAGAGAAAGCCAGACCAUGCUGGGAGGCGAUGCUGCGUGCAUUAAAGCCAUAUGUCCAGUAUGAUCUGUCAUCCAUUUCUCAUGAUGAUGUUCUGCAGAGCUCCAAAGGCUGUCGCAUCAAAAGACAGCAGGCUAGCCUACUACACCACUGCUGGUGCCAUAUUAAAUGUGAAGUAGUGUUCUAGAAACGCCACUGUAUCACAACACAUUCAACAGACUACACAACUGUAAUGGGGACAUAUCUUGUUCAUACAUCCUUAGACUUCCUACAAGAAUGGGAGGCGAAUAAGUUCUGAGUUUUGAGUCACCAGUGUUACCAUUUUCUUAAACCCCUGCUUUUCUCCACAGUAUGUAUCAUCACACUCUUGUGUGGCUGUGGAUUUGGAAGUUCUUUUUAAAACCUAUUUAUUCUGGAUAUAAUUGGAUAAAUGGACAGGUGAUCUAUCCAAGAGCCAGGUGUGGGGGUGGGGCAGGCAUUUUAAAGUUGUUGGCAUCCUCAAGCUAAUCCACUGUUCAUGUCGCUGAGAAGUAAAGGAAGAAUGAUUGAGGACAAUGCUUAUGUUGAGUUCUGAGUUGUCCUGUGAUGUUCGCACUAACGGCUUAUGAGUGGAACUUUAGAAGAGUUUUAAAUCCCACCCUUUUAUUGUGAUCUGCAGAGCUAGUGAGGAUCUUGCCAACAUUUCAUUGUUGUGAUUGCCCACUAACCAUGAUAAUCUGGACCCAGCAUCAGAAAGCCACAGUCGGACCACCUACCUACAUUAGGAGCAUUAUCUCUCCAGGAAGAAUAAAUAAAAACAAGUAUCCUGUUGUUUUAAUGAAUAUCCUAUCUGAUCCAUUUUUAUAAAAUACUUCCAUUCCAUGUGUCAUUUCAUCUAUCAAUUUCGACUGCAAUAUUGCAUUUUGUAAAAUAGUGAAAGGAUUGGUCGAUGUUAUGUCAGACCUUGAAAUGCUGCAGGAGUCAAUCUACUGUCAUGACGAUAUUCAGAGGGGUCCCUAAUCUUCAGUAGCUUUCCUCAGAAAGUUACAAAGGGUUUGAAUUGGUGUGAAAUGAAACCGAAACCUUUCUGUUUGAUUAUGCCAGUUGCUACAAUUUGCACCAUGUUGCUGGCAUGCACUUGCAUACCCGCUGGCUUUUCAUGCAUUCUUGGUCUUGAGAUAUAACACAACUUGGUGAUUGCAUAAAUAAAGUUAUUUCACACAUUUCCAGCUUUUUCUGCUAAAACAUUUUUAUUCCCCUGAUGGGACCACAACAUAUGAGCAUUCAUUUGGUUUAUUUGUCACAAGUAAGAGCUCCUUAAAUUCUUACUAUGAACAUCCCAAGGAAACCAUUUUACCCUUGUGUUCAUGGCCAUUUAAAAAUUUGUGUUAAGUGAAUAAUCAGCACUGUAUGAGAUUAUAAUGCCUCACAACAUUGUGGUGUUGUAAGUUGAUUGGAGCAUAUUUUCCUUUUAAGGAUUCAAGAUUAUUUAAUGUCAUUUCCAGUACACAAAUAUAAUAGAGAACAAAAUGAUUUUUCCUCUGGAUCUGAUGCAGUACAAAACACAAUAAGAUGACAAUUUUUUUAAAAAAUCAUAAUUAUUAUAAAUACAUAAGAUAGCUGAUACACAUUGAUUGUAUGUCCAUAAAGAGAUGCUUGGCACAGGAGUGUAUGUACAUAUGGUGACUCUGAUAGGAGGAAGUAAUAAAAUAGUGGUGGUGGAAUGGGUUACUUGGCGGAGGUGUCAAUCAGCCUUACUGCUUGGGGAAAGUAACUGUUUUUGAGUCUGGUGGUCCUGGCAUGCAUACUACAUUGUUUCCUCCCGUAUGGGAGUGGGACAAACAGUCCAUGAACAGAGUGGGUGGGAUCCUUCAUAAUAUUGCUGCCCUUUUCCACACCUUUCUGUACAUAUAUAUCCUGGUGCCAGUGAUGUGCUGGGCAGUUCUGACUACCUCCUCUAGAGCCUUCCUGUCACUGCAGUGCAGUUUCUGUACCAAGCAGUGAUGCAGCAUGUUAGAAUGUUCUCUGCUGUGCAUCUGUAGAAUGUCAUGAGUACUGAUAUACAUAGUCCAGCUCUCUACAACCUCCUCAGAAAUUGAAGGCUUUUGUGAACUUUAUUGAUUGUGUAGGAUGUGUUCUGAGACUAUGAGAGGUUAUGUGAGAUGUGCACUCCCAGGAGUUUGAAACUGCUCCCAAUUUCCACUGCUGUGCUGCAGAUGUAAGGAGGACUGUGAGUUCUCCUGAAGUUGAUAACCAUGUCCUUUGUCUUGUUGAAGUGAUCUAUAACUUACUAACAAAACAGGAACAUCAACACAAAUUUGAACUGCAAUACAGAUGUCAGAAAUUGGAAGUCUUGGGCUAACCGGAUAUUUAAACAGAAUUCUUGUGUUUGAUGAGGGAUUUGCAAUGGGAUAUUGCAGUCCGCUGUUAAGCUUGUGCUAGCAAUGUGGAGGAACCAUUCAGCAGGACCUGAAAAUCAAGGCUGAAAACUGCAGAUACUGGAAAUCUGAAACAAAAGCAGAUUCCUGAAAUAGCUGGUUGGACAACAUCCGUGGAAAGAGGAACAGUCAACAUUUCAUGUUCCAUUUUUAUUUUAGAUUUCUAGCACUCAGUAUUUUUGAAUCUCAUUUACUUUGAGCUCAGUGACCCUACAUCACAUUUGUCACUUUCUCCGUUGGCUGUUUCUUUCUCCAUAUACUUUUUAACCUGAUAAGUACUUCCGUCAUUUUCUAUUUUUACUUUAGAUAUUUUAGUUAUCGCUUUGCAUUUGAGGCGGUAGUAUUUUUUAAAAUAUGUUCUAAGUCUGGGGUGACAAUUACUGAAAUUUUUUUUAGCCUCUGUUGUAACUUUUUUUGUGUGUGGAAUGGAAGGCUUCUCUGGCAUGGCCAAAAUUUAUUGUCUCUCUGAUUGCCCUUAAGGUGAUGGUGAGACAGUGCCUUAAAUUACUGUAGUCCUUCUGAUGAAGUUGCUGAAACAGUGCUAGGAUUUAGAAUUGUUCCUAGAGUGAUAUAAUUCCAAGUUGGCAUGAUUCCAAAGGAUAGAAGCAGAAUUUACAGGGGAUGGUGUUUCCAUGCAUCAGUGACGCUUUCUAAUAAUUUAUCAUAAAUUUGGUAGAUGCUGUUAAAAUAGCAUAGCAAGUAAAUUGUAGUACAUUAGUGUGCUAGUGGUGAAUGAAUGAAAUGUUUGUGUGGGUGAAUUAAGUGUCCAAAAUAUUAGGUGUGUUUUGUCUGGGAUGAUGUCAAGCUGCUUGAAGGUUAGAGUUUCACUUUUUUGAGCAAGUUGAGAGUAUAAUAUCACAAUCUAGAGACAUGCCUUGUAGGUGGAUAGAAAGGCCUCAUGGAGUUGUAAGGUGAGUCACUUGUCACAGGAUUGCUAUUCUGGCUAGUACGCUGUCUAAAUGGCUGGUCUUGUUAAUUUUCUGGUAAAUCAUUAUCAUCAAGAAGUGGGACAAUUCAGUGAGAGUAACACCGAUGAAUGAAAGAAUGCUUUUCUGGAACAUCUUGUUGGAACUACUCUUUCCUGACACCUGGAGCACAGAUGAAUGGCCUUUAUAGUCAAUCUGAUAUGAUUGUCCUAAAAUUGAGAGCAUGAGAGAAGCAUUAAAUACAGAAGAGAGCAAGAUCGGCAUGGACAUGAGGAGGUCUCUGUGCUGAAGAUGAUACCUGCAACAUGUCUUCAGCGAGCACUUCUGCCUCAAUGAUGUACAAGCCAAAAGGGGUUAGGAGCUUUGUGCUGGCUUGGGUAAAGGACUGAAGAAGAUUACUUCCAGUUUGGCAGGUUAGUACCGAUAUUAGUAAUGGAUCCCAGCUUCUGUAAAUUAAAGGACAGUUUUCUGAUGGUGCAAAAAUUGGUAAAAGUGAGCUAUGAGCAAGUCUUAGUCAAUUGUGUGAUCACAAUUCUAUCUCCUUUACCAUAGCUUUGGAGAGGGAUACGAACAGACAAGUUAGGGAAAUGUUUAAUUGGAGUAAGGGGUAAUAUGAUACUAUCAGGCAGGAACUUGGAAGCAUAAGUUGGAAACAUGUUCUCAGGGAAAUAUACGGAAGAAAUGUUGCAAAUGUUCAGGGGAUAUUUGUGUGGGGUUCUGCAUAGAUACAUUCCAAUGAGACAGGGAAAGGAUGGUAGCGUACAGGAACCAUGGUGUACAAAGGCUGUUGUAAAUCUAGUCAAGAAGAAAAGAAGAGCUUACGAAAGGUUCAAAAAACUAGGUAAUGAUAGAGAUCUAGAAGAUUAUAAGGCUAGUAGAAAGGAGCUUAAGAAAGAAAUUAGGGGAGCCAGAAGGGGCCAUGAGAGGGCCUUGGCGGACCAGAUUAAGGAAAACCCCAAGGCAUUCUGCAAGUAUGUGAAGAGCAAGAGGAUAAGAAGUGAAAGAAUAGGACCAAUCAAGUAUGACAGUGGAAAAAUGUGUAUGGAACCGGAGAAGAUGGCAGAGGUACUUAAUGAAUACUUUGCUUCAGUAUUCACUAUAGAAAACGAUCUUGGUGAUUGUAGGGAUGACUUGCAGCAGACUGAAAAGCUUGAGCAUGUAGAUAUUAAGGAAGAGGAUGUGCUGGAGGUUUUGGAAAGCAUCAAGUUGGAUAAAUCACCAGGGCCGGAGAGGAUAUACUCCAGGCUACUGUGGGAAGCGUGAGCGGAGAUUGCUGAGCCUCUAGCAAUGAUCUUUGCAUCAUCAAUGAGGACGGGAAAGGUUCCACAGGAUUGGAUGGUUGCGGAUAUUGUUCCCUUAUUGAAGAAAGGGAGUAGGGAUAGCCCAGGAAAUUAUAGACCAGUGUGUCUUUCUUCAGUGGUUGGUAAGUUGAUGGAGAAGAUCCCGAGAGGCAGGAUUUAUGAACAUUUGGAGAGGCAUAAUAUGAUUAGGAAUAGUCAGCAUGGCUUUGUCAAAGGCAGGUCAUGCCUUACGAGCCUGAUUGAAUUUUUUGAGGAUGUGACUAAACACAUUGAUGAGGGUAGAGCCGUAGAUGUAGUGUAUAUGGACUUUAGCAAGGCAGUUGAUAAGGUACCCCAUACAAGGCUUAUUGAGAACAUAAGGGGGCAUGGGAUCCAAGGGGACAUUGCUUUGUCGAUUCAGAACUGGCUUGCCCACAGAAGGCGAAGAGUGGUGGUAGACAUGUUAUUUUCUGCAUGGAGGCCAGUGACCAGUGGUGUACCUCAGUGAUCUGUUCUGGGACCCCUACUCUUUGUGAUAUUUAUAAAUGACCUGGAUGAGAAAGUGGAGACAUGGGUUAGUAAAUUUGCUGAUGACACAAAGGUUGGAGGUGUUGGUGGAUAGUGUGGAGGGCUGUCAGGGGUUACAUGAGGACAUUGAUAGGAUGCAAAACUGGGCUGAGAAGUGGCAGAUGGAGUUCAACCCAGAUAAGUGUGAGGUGGUUCAGUUUGGUAGGUCAAAUAUGAUGGCACAAUAUAACAUUAAUGGCAAGACUCUUGGCAGUGUGGAGGAUCUGAGGGAUCUUGGGGUCCAAGUCCAUAGGACACUCAAAGCUGCUAUGCAGGUUGACUCUGUGGUUAAGAAGGCAUAUGGAGCAUUGGCCUUCAUCAAUCGUAGGAUUGAGUUUAAGAGCCGAGAGGUAAUGUUGCAGCUAUAUAGGACCCCACUUGGAGUACUGUGCUCAAUUCUGGUCACCUCACUACAGGAAGGAUGUGGAAACCAUUGAAAGGUUGCAGAGGAGAUUUAUAAGGAUGUUGCCUGGAUUGGGGAGCAUGCCUUGUGAGAAUAUGUUGAGUGAACUUAGCCUUUUCUCCUUGGAGCGACAGAGGACGAGAGGUGACCUGAUAGAGGUGUACAAGAUAAUGAGAGGCAUUGAUUGUGUGGAAAGUCAGAGGCUUUUUUCCAGGGCUGAAAUGGCUAGCACAAGAGGGCAUAGUUUUAAGGUGCUUGGAUGUAGGUACAGAGGAGAUGUUGGGGUAAGUUUUUUAUGCAGGGUGUGCUGAGUGCAUGGAAUGGGCUGCUGGCGGCGGUGGUGGAGGGGGAAAUGAUAGAGUUUUAUAAGAGACUCCUGGAUGGAUACAUGGAGCUUAGAAAAAUAGAGGGCUAUGGGUAACCUAGGUAGUUCUAAGGUAAGGACAUGUUCGGUACAGCUUUGUGGGCCAAAGGGCCUGUAUUGUGCUGUAGGUUUCCUUAGUUUCUAUUCUAUGGCUAUAUUUAAGUGAAGUCACAAUUAGAUGUUCAUACUGAUGUUCUACCAGUCCUGCUGCAACCAGACACUGAUAGUAUUGAACAAUGAUGCAAUUAACAGAAAAGAUGAUUUGCACCAUCUUCAGAGCAGAAUUCAGAAAAGGUAAAGUUGAAGUUUUUUUUAAGAGAUACAGCAUGGUAAUAGGCUCUUCCAGCCUAACAAAUCCACAUCACCCAAUUACACCCAUGUGACCAACUAAUCUACCAACCCGUACAUCUUUGGAAUGUGGGAGGAAACUGGAGCACCCGGGAAAAAACGCCUCAUCGUCAUGGGGAGAACAUACAGACAGUAGUGAGAAACAAACACUACUGUAAUAGUGUUACGCUAACCGCUAUGCCACAGUUCCAUGGUAAUAUAUACCGACUUUUACAGAUAUCUUAAGUCAAAAGUGCAGAAUAGAUUAUCAAUCUUGGCAUUGUCACUGAACCUUGCACUCAGCAAAUACAUUCAUUUCACAUAAUAUCUAGAACCAGCACACUGCACUGUGUAUGGCCAAAGAAAUAGGCUUUAAAAAGAUCCCAGCUGCAUACCAAAUGUGCUAUAGGCUUCAUUGUGUCUUUUAGUCCAGUUGUUCCAGUACAUGUAAGGCUUUAACAUCUGCCUUAAAAGUAGAUGAUUUCAAAGUUAUGUCCAGACCAAAUCUAAUCCGUUACCACCUCAUGAGUCAACUCAAUCAACAAACUGGGGGAAUUGCUUGACAGUGUUAUCAAGAUGCACUUCUAAACAGCAUAUGAAGUCAGUGUGGGAUUCCUAGCAACCUUUGCCUAAACAUGAACAGAAGUCAGAAUUCUAAAGGUGUGUGUGAUGCCAGUCAACAGCAAGGAGCACAUACAAAUUGAAGUUAGCAGGAUUUGUACAGAGUAUCUUCAACUGCAUUAAAGAAUUGAUUGUACUUAUUGGAGGCCGAUUAUCAUUGACCCCUGAUUGCCUAAGGAUGCUGUCAUAGGUCCAAUCAGUUGCUGCCUUAUCAGUGACCCUGCCUUCAUCCAAGGUAAAAAAAAAGAGGAUGUACACUUUACACUUCUGGCUACUCAAUACCUUAAGUCAGAAGCUAGGUAUUCCAUAGUAGCCAUCCCACUCAACAAAGGUCUCAAGUGUCUGCAAGCAAACAUGUAGUGUUCACUAUUUUCCUCUGUAAAAUUUAAUUCUAUAACACUUCUUCCACAACACGCAGGACAAUAUAGCCAUUCAAAGCCUAAAUAUUCAUUCCCAUUAGCAAAAGUGCCCAGUGUCUAAAAGUCACUGCUGAAACUUAUGAGGACUUUAGCAGAAUCUCUCAAACCUCUAGGAGAACUGGCGUCCACUUUUAAAAUAUUGUCUAUCUAAUGUAGUGGCAGCAGUUUAUUUUUCUCCUGAGAGUGGUAAGUCUUUGGAAUUCUCUUCCUCACAAGGUGAUGGAUGCAGAUGUUUAAAAUAUUUUUUUCUGACAUAAGCUGGUGCCUGGAUAAGCAAGGGGGUGAAAGGUCUCUACAAGUAGAAGAAAAUGGGGAAUUGAAAUUACAUGCAGAUUUUUUGAAUGGCAGAACAUGCUUAAGGACUUCUAUAUCUAUCUGCUAACUUAAAUGCUCAUCAUCCACCUACAGUAUGCUGGUUAUUGAAACAAUCUGUCCCAAAUUCUUCUCCUCCACUUAAAGUGGGUAUGGACGAGAGAUUCCAAGCAGUCACUGGGAUUGUUGCUUUCUUCAAGGAGACUUUGAAUAUACCUUUGAAUAUUUUCCUCUGUCUGGUUGAUAAUGUCUUUGCAUGACAGAUACUUGCCUUCAAGAGGUAGCUUCUGAGAUGCGGGAAGUAUGGGAAAUGGUAUAGUUUUCCAUAUUUCACCAGGAACCUUUAUCAUCAGAGGACAUGUGGUGCAGAGGGGAUAGUUUGGUAGGGAAUCAUAGUCUGUCAAAUGUUGAAUGUAAGGCUUAGGCUCUCACGCUUCAAAGAAUAAAUGGAUGAUCCAUCAUUAAUUCAUUUGUUCCCAUGUAGUCUAAAUUUUAAUUAUUUAGCUUUUGAGUUCUUUACUCUUUUGAACAAACUGGAUAUGGAAUUUUCUUGUAAACGUAAAAAGGGUCAUGGUUUCUCCCAUGGUCCACUUGCCACUCCUAUCAGAUUCCUUUUUCAGCCCAUUACCUUUUCUGCCUAUCACCUCCCUGCUUACUUUAUCUUCCCUCCUCCACACACCUGACUUCACCUAUCACCUUCCAGCUUGUACUCCUUCCCCUGCUCCCACCUGCUUGUUCUGGCUUUUCCUCCUUUUCGAUCCUGAUGAAGGGUCUCAGCCUGAGAUGUCGACUGUUUAUUCCCUUCAAUAAAUGCUGCCCUACCUACGGAGUUCUUCCAGCAUCUUGUGUAUGUUACUCUGGAUUUCCAGCAUCAGCAAGAUCUCUUGUUUUUAUUAUUGUAGAGGGGAGCCAUUCAAUAAUCUUGUACUUGUGGGAUAGAUGUUGUCCUUGAGCCCUGUGGUACGUGCUUCAGGCUUUUGUAUCUUUUACCUGAUUGGAGGGGUGAGAAGAGAGGAUGUCUGGGUGCACCUCAACCUUUAAGGUUUUAACUAUUUCAUCUGCUCCCUUUCCUGGACCACUGCUUCCUCUGCCUUGACAGUGUUCUGUUUCAUGCAGUUUUCAUGGACCUGCCUUAAGUAAUAAUACUUAAAAAAAAGUCAUGUCAAUAGUUUUUCAACUUCAAAAGGUACUUAACGCAAUCUAUAAUAUACAUGUACAGUAUUUGCAUUCAAUGGUCAAAACCUUGUUUCACUCUCUGCUUUCCUUCAUAGUCAUUGAACCAUACUGAUUUUUUUUUAGUUCAACACUGUCAUCACAUGCUAGAUAAAGGCAGGUGAAUCUGUUUGUUCUGUUUGACAAAAUGGCUCUCCAGGUUGUGGAAACUAUUUGGAGCCAGAAGUGACAGAUACAUAUAGGUGGUGACCGAAGGGGGUACCUAAUGUGUUUUUCACCCACCAUAGGUAACUACAAUUUACUUCAUACCCUGUAAGUGAUUACACAUUUUUCACAAAAAAAGUCACAGUAAAAUAACCAAAUUAAAUGUACUCAGAAUGAAAUGGCCAUUAAGGAGUUAAACAUACAUUUACCACUGUGCGUAUAAUGUUUCUUAAUUAUGAAAUCUUGGUAGAAUUAAUGAGUAUUCUAAGCACAUUAAAAACUGAUCUGUGACUAAGGUAACUUGCACAAUACAUCUUAGCUGUUUAAAAAUGUUGUCCUUUACUCACCAGAAACAGAAAUAGCCUUGUUUAAAAUUGCUGUAUAAAGACAGUAUGUCUGCAAUAUUAGUUCAAACAAAUCAAUUUUAAAUCUUUUUGGCCUUGAUCCUUGCAGAUUGUUGUAAAAGCCCUUGUGAUCUUAAGGGGUGGAGUAUAUUUACUGCUUGCUCCUUACAGAAAGUAUUAAGAGCAGGCAGUAUAUUUUUCAGCUUAAACAGCUGCAAGUUUACAUGUGAAGAAUUGUCAUAUCCCUUUACAAUUGUGUGAAUUGAGAGUGACAUGUCUUGGCUUAUGGAAUGUUAAGGUGUUUUCAUCCGGUUAAAUUCAGUGCUCUCAAUUAUUCUUAUUUUCUCAGUGACGCCAAAUCCAGGUAGAAGUUCACUGCGUGUGAAUUUAAGUAGCAUUCUGAUUUGAAAAGUUUAUUUGAAAUUAUGUGAUUAAAAUGAAUGAUGACAACAUGAUCUAUUUUUUGGAUAAAUAUGUUUCAAAACCAUUAUAGAAUUGUCAUUGUCCCAAGACCUCAAAAUGUGGGUUCAGGCAGGGUCAUUGCCAGGUGUCUUCUAGGAAAGCAGCACAUUUUAAAUGUACUUUCAUCUAUAAGAUAGUAUAGUUGUAUAUAAUUGGUGUGCAUAGCCUUUUUCAAACAGCUUGACAAUUACUGCUGAUCAUAAAUCCAUAAUAAGCUCAGAUAAUGUGGCACAGUAUGCAAAAUUUCACAUAUACUUUAUUUUAACAGUCUGGAAAGUAGAAAUAUGUGCUGGUCCUGAUUUUUACAACCUAAAACAAACAAAUGUAUUUCUAAUAAUAUUGUAUAGAACCAGAAAUAGAUUACAAAAUCUUUAAUGUUUCCAUAACAUUUAUAUUAAACUUUGGGAUAUGGACAUCAAUGGCAAAAUUCCACUUCCUCCUCUUCCUGGUAUCCUUGGAAAAACUGCUGAGUCUUCUGCUGAACACUUGACUGUCCUUGUGAUUAUUGUUCCUCCUUGCUCAGUGUGAACACUAUUAAAACUGCAAGAUAGUAGUCUUCAAAUCCCGCAGUGCUCUUGGACCAUCUCACCACAUCUCCCUCAUUCUUUUUCCCCUCUGUUACCACCAACCUCAGCAAUCUCCAGUCUUCUAGCUCUCUGAGAUAUGUGUACUUCUUCAUUUCUGGCUUUUUGAUCACCUCUGAAUUUAAUUGA